AUGAAUUGUCAAUCUCACUAUUGAUGGCAGUUCCCGACAAUUUUAGAUUUUCAGUUAAUUAUUUUAUUACAAUUAAAAAGUGAAUUUAUUUUAACUUGAGGAGAAGAACAAAAGCAGGCAAUAUGGCAUUAAGAACUUACGGCGACAAGCCGAUAAGCUUUCAGAUUGAAGAAGGCGGUGAAUUUUAUUGCGUUGGGUCUGAGGUUGGAAAUUAUUUACGGUUAUUCCGUGGAUCUCUAUACAAGAAGUACCCUGGCAUGGCCAGGAGGACCCUCACGAAUGAAGAGAGGAAACGAUUAGUUGACAAUGGUUUGGGGUCUCACGUUCUUUCAAGUUCUGUUUCUUUGUUGAAAGCUUCUGAAGUUGAGGAUAUUAUUGAGGGCAAUGAUGAAAAGUAUAAAGCAGUGUCAGUCAGCCAAGAGAUGGCAACGCCCAGAGAGGGUAAGAGCAAAAAGCCGCACAACCCCUCCUGGCUUCCUGUUAUGCCGAACUCGUCACAUUUGGAUGCGGUGCCUCAAGCUACACCCAUCAGUAGGACCAGAGUUCAUACUAAGAAGGUCCGUACAUUCCCGCUCUGCUUUGACGAUACAGACAUGACGGCUAUGUUAGAGAACGCUUCACAGAAGCAAAUUCUUGUGCCCAUCAGACUUGAUAUGGAGAUCGAAGGCCAGAAACUGAGGGAUACAUUCACUUGGAACAAGAAUGAAUCAAUUAUAACCCCAGAGCAAUUUGCCGAAGUUCUGUGUGAUGAUUUAGAACUCAACACCAGCACUUUCAUACCGGCCAUAGCGUCCUCUAUUAAGCAGCAAAUUGAGGCCUUUCCAAGCGAGCCACCAGCUAUAUUGGAAGAGGCAACCGACCAACGAGUUAUUAUUAAGUUGAAUAUACAUGUUGGGAACACGUCUUUGGUUGAUACGGUGGAAUGGGAUAUGUCAGAAAAGGAGAACAAUCCGGAACAAUUUGCAAUGAAGCUAUGUGCAGAAUUGGGUCUGGGCGGUGAAUUUGUAACUGGGAUCGCUUACAGUGUGAGGGGCCAGCUGGGUUGGCACCAACGGACGUAUGGGUUCAGUGAAGCUUUGCCCACUAUUGAGACGCCAUACCGCCAACCAUCAGAAGCGGAAAUAUGGGCUCCACACCUUGAAACCCUGACUAAUGCUGAAAUGGAGAAGAAGAUCCGAGACCAGGACCGUAAUACGAGGAGGAUGAGGCGAUUGGCCAAUACCACGCCGGAUGUGUCGCUAAGCCGCGCGGUCAACCGGCUCAUACGCGCCGACGAAGCUUUGUUCCAGACAACGCCGGAAAAGCGGAGGAAAAAAAUUUAAUCACUCACGAUAAUCUACAGUGGAACCUUUUUCCUUAUCCCGCUAGAAUAAGUAUGGUUAGAUAGGGUAAAGUGUCUUGUUUGGGGUAAAGUUGAUAGAAAUGUUUACGACUAUUUUGUGUUUGGAAAUCUUAUGUUUUAAAUUUUAAAGAAUAGUAAAAAUUCGAUCACGAGGCGGGAUUCGAACUCGUGUCUUUUGCCUUACGUCUGACUACUCGGCCACUCGUGAUUUUUAAGUUUAUAAUAUUAUUCAUAAUAAAGCAUUGGAAUGCUAUAAAACUAAAAUAUCAAAAUCUCAUGAUAUUUUUUUUUUAUUUCUUUUUAUGGGGAAUAGGGAAGCGCUUGACCACAAUCUCGCCUGAUGUUAAGCUGAGAUGUAGUCUAAGAUGGAACGCGCUUCCCUAGAAGGUACCCGUUCACUCUACGCUUGAAGACCCCCAUAUAGUACUCGAACACGUUUGAAAUGGUUCAAGGCACUUUACUCUAUGUUUCUGAUAGAUUUUAAUGAAUUUUAUGAAUGAUCAAUUGCUUUGAUAAAUGAAUCUGGAUUUCAUUGAUAAAGUUUAGAAUAAUAUAAAUUUUUUAAUUUGUGUUUCAACCUCAAAAUAAUUUUCUUUUCCAAUAAAAAUAAACCCAAAUUUUAGAUCUUAAUUAAGAAUUUUUGUAAGCAUUCAAGUGAAGUAUUCGUGAAUAAAUGUAAGAUUUUAAACUU